AUGGCAGAAGAUCCUACGGCACCAGCCUUAAAUUUGAGCCCGGAAGAAAAACGUGUCUUUGGGCAAUUGUUUCGACAGGCGGAUACGGAAAAUAUUGGAGUGGUGACGGGGGAAGUGGCUGUUAAAUUCUUUGAGAAGACGAGAUUGGAACCAAGGAUUUUGGGGGAGAUAUGGCAGAUUGCAGACAAGGAGAAUCGAGGACUUCUGACACCGGCGGGCUUUGGCAUUGUACUACGACUGAUUGGUCAUUAUCAAGCUGGGCGAGAUCCUACCCCUGAAUUAGCUUUGCGCCCUGGACCACUACCAAAAUUUGAUGGAGGUUUAGUUACUCCAACUCCUACAUUUCAGCCUCCUCCUGGGCCGCCUCCCGCUGCUCUACAACCUCAACCAAGCGGGUCUGGACCAAUUCGAGUUCCCCCUCUUUCCGCCGAGAAGUCGACACAAUAUGCUCAACUUUUUGAGAAAUCGGGUGCUCAAGGAGGCAUUCUCCCAGGUGAACAAGCUAAGCAGAUAUUCGAGCGCGCGGGUUUACCGAAUGAAAUACUAGGUAGGAUAUGGAAUUUGGCAGACACGGAACAACGAGGAGCUCUUACGUCUACGGAAUUUGUGAUUGCUAUGCAUCUACUAGCUUCCUUUAAAUCCGGUCAACUUCGAGCUUUACCAAAUAUUCUUCCUGCGGGUCUUUAUGAAGCUGCUGCACGGAGAGGACCUCCUAACCGUCAAUCUACUGGUAAUAACAUAUCGGCGAUGCCAAGACAAUUCAGUGGCCAGCAUGGAAGGGCCAAUAGUCCUUUAAGUCGACCCGCAUAUGCUACUCCUCAGCAGAUACCUCAGCCUACCGGUAGUGAAUGGGCUAUCAGUCCUGUGGAUAAGCAGAAAUUCGAUGGUAUAUAUCAUACCCUCGACAGAACCGGCAAGGGAUAUAUUACAGGAGAUGAGGCCGUGCCAUUCUUCUCGGAUUCCAAACUCCCAGAGGAGGUUUUAGCACAAAUUUGGGAUCUCGCGGACAUAAACUCAGCUGGUCAUUUGACCAUGGAUGAAUUUGCCGUCGCCAUGUACCUCAUUCGACAACAGCGAGCUGCCGAGGACUUGUUUGGGCUGGAUGCACUCUCAUCACCACCUGCGCCUGUUCAAGCACCACAAUCAACGGGAGGUUCUGCAUCUUUUGGUCCGAAUCGCCAAUUACUUGCUGAUCCUUUCGGAGCCAGCGCGCAACCUUUAGCACCAAGUUCGCCAGUUCAACAAUCUCCCCAGCAUACCGGAUCUGUCUUCAAGCCUUUCGUUCCAUCCUCCUCUUUCGGCCAUACCCUCACCGCACAUCUCACGGGAGGAUCAAACAAUUCUGCUCCUAAUCGAGCGUUUUCGCAACAACCAUCUGUCAGUGAGGAUCUUCUUGGUGAUAAUGAUCCAGAAAUCAGCAGCAAGUUAACUAACGAGACUACCGAGCUCGCAAAUUUGUCUAACCAGGUUGGCACGUUAUCGACACAGAUGCAGCAGGUACAGAGUCAGAGGAGUGCAACACAAAAUGAAUUAACCCAAGCCGAUUCACAGAAGCAACAAUUUGAGGCUCGUCUUGGUCAACUUCGAGCAUUGUAUGAGCAAGAAGUUAAAGACGUUCGAAGUUUGGAAGAGAGAUUGAAUGCUUCGCGUAAUGAGACUAAGAAGCUUCAAACAGAAAUGGCCAUGCUUGAAGCGACUUACACGGAUCUUCAAACACAACAUCGACAAAUUGUUACAGCACUGCAAGCAGAUCAACAGGAAAACGCUAGUUUGAAAGAGCGAAUGCGUGUCGUCAAUGCAGAAAUUACGCAAUUAAAGCCAGCACUUGAGAAAUUGAGGUCAGAUGCUCGUCAGCAGAAGGGUUUAGUUGCAAUCAACAAGAAGCAAUUAGCAACUAAUGAAAGUGAACGGGAUAAGUUAAAGGGUGAGGCUUCAGAUUUGACCAAAAGUAUUGAAGAAGAUACCGCAGCUCUUGCAGCAGCAGCUAGGGCUCGUAGCCAAAGCCCUGUUCAGGCUAGAGCACAAAGUCCUGCUUCAGUUGCAAGUCCUGCACCUUCUACCAUGAGUGCCAAUAACCCAUUCUUUAAACGCCAAGCAACCGGUGGAAGUAACACUGAUAUGGGCUCUGCUUUUGCUGCCUCGCCAGUGCAGCAAACUGAUCGUUCAUUCGAAAAUGUAUUUGGUCCAGCAUUUGGUUCUGCCUUACCACACCCAGAAACAGCAGCACCUCCUACUUCGUUCAAGCAAGAUCUACCAACCCGACCACAAACAAGCGGUGGCUUUUCUACCCCAUCUAUAACAGGUGAAGCACCUCCACCAAUGCCUGCAUCAAGACAAAUUAGCUCAAGUUUCUUGCCAUUUCCAACCCACGAUGAUUCUAUAAGCUCGUCGCGACAAGUUUCUGCACCCAACAGCAGAUUCGGAGAUAAUUCAAUUGGAGGUGAGACUCCAACAAACUACAUGGGAACCACUCCUACGGGUUCUUCUAUUACGAAUCAAGCUGAACCCGUUGUAACAGCCAGAGCAGUCUCCCCUGAUAUUGAUCGUCGCUCUACAGCAUCUCCUGCCGUCACCGAGUCAAAGGAUAGCAUUCCAGGAGCAUUCCCAGGUGAUGAUAAUUCUAACAUUGUUGCUACCCCUACCGGUGGUACUACCUUAAGUGAACAGGUUGCUGCAGAUCCAUUUGCGACGACUAAGGAGCCAGUACGUUCUGGUACAGCAAAGGAUGACUUUGAUGCAGCCUUUGCUGGAUUUGGUAAUUCUAGCAAGGCCCCAGAGCGCUCAAAUACAGGAAGCUCCGCUGAGCCCUCAGCAGCUACCGCAGCUCCAUCAGGAUUUGGUCAAGAGUUUCCUCCUAUCUCGGAAUUAGAGAAUGAUGAUGAAAGUGAUAGUGCUAGCGAGGGUGGAUUUGGUGGUGGCGGUUUUGACGAUGACUUCAACCCAGCUUCUCCUGCGCAGGUUAGGAAAGCCGCGGAGAGUCCUGCUCUUCCACACACUGCGGCUAGUACAACUGGAGGUGCAAAGGAGUUUUUGAAUGCAGCAACUCCUGCUGCUACUGCUGGUGGUGAUCCACCAACGCCUAACGCUCAAGCUUCACCACCUGCUUAUGAUAAAGCUGUUUCCCCAGCCGAUCAAGCACACUCGGAGGUUCAGCAAUAUUCUGGACUUCUUCCAUCUCGAGAAGUUCCAUCUCCCGAACAUCCUACAUCUUCUGCUACUGCGGCACCACAGACAUCUUCACAACCAGCUCCACCUGCUAAAGUUCCUUUUGAUGAUGACUUCGGUGACGAAUUCGAUGAUCUUGAGGACGCAAAAGAAGGUGAAGCUGAUGAUGAAUUUGCCAAUGCAGCUUCAUCUAUUCAUGAAUCAAGAAAUGGCCUAGAUGAUUUUAAUCCCAUGUUCGAUAGUCCUCCAGCAUCUAAACAUCAAGAUCAGUCGGGCAAUUCUUUUGGAGGUGAUGCCUCUGGAUUUGGAGAUUUUACCUCUUCUGCAAAACCAACGACGGCUGGGCCACCAGCUGUAAAUGAUAAUCAUGAUUGGGAUGCAAUUUUUGCCGGUUUGGAUGGACCAGGGGGUGAUGCGAGUGCUUCUGCGGCUCAGGGUAAUGGCAAUGGUACGACUUCAAACGAUAACUCUAUGGCUGGAGGGGCUCCAACUGGUGGUGACAGACCACAAGUUGGAAGAGCUCUUACCGAAGCUGGAGAACAUGACGAUCCGAUUUUGAAGAAUCUUACCGGGAUGGGGUAUAAGAGGAAUGAUGCUUUGGCUGCGUUGGAGAAAUAUGACUAUAACUUGGAGAGAGCAGCCAACUUUCUAGCGAGUCAAUCUUGA